CAGAGAGAGAGAGAGAGAGAGAGAGAGAGAGAGAGAGUGGGUCUAUGAAAAGAAGCGGUGAGGGGAGAACAGCGAGACUUGUGUCUGGUUUUCAUCCGAUCCCUCGUUACUUCUUAGCGGAGUCAGACACUCGCCGCAGUCCGGGGGGCAAGGAACUAGAGCGAGACUCGCCCACAGGGGGGUGGACACCAGCGAGUUACCCGCGAAGGGACAUUGAGAGUUAUUGAAAAAGGAUUGUUUGUAUAACUAAGAAGAGAGGGAGUACUAACACCAUACGAGAAGCAGAGAAAGAUCAGCGGCAAACCGACCAUCAUCGGUAGCAUUUUAGCCAACGGAAGGAGAGUCCCUCACCGGGGUUGGGAUAUUUAAAAACAGAAAAGAGGCCCCUGGAUCGGCUUUCUGGAGAUUACUGUACAGGAGCGAUAUUUCACUGCAGGACAACUAAUACACCUGGAGCUGGACAAACUAAUGCCAAGCCGUUCGCCUCCUCAGACAGUCUAGCAAAGGUCCAAGAGGUAGCAAGCUGGAUUUUGGAAAUGAACCAGGAAUUGCUGUCUGGGGGCAGCAAGAGGCGCCGGCCGGGUGGCUCUGUUCGAGGUAACGCCUCCUCCAGCGGAGCAGCCCACGAGGGAGGAGAGGAGAGGGAGGAGGAGGAGGAAGAGGACCACAUGGACAGAGUGGUGGAGGAGGAAGAACAGCAGCAGCAGUCAUCACAGGAAGGAGGGGACCAGUCUUCCAGGCCUGCAGGGGGCAGCACAAGCAAUCGUGAAGCGGCAGCUGCUAGCAAUGUCAAUGGAUCAGGAGAUGACCCUGCACAGGAGGGCGCAGUAGCAGGACGAGAAGAAGAUGAGGAUAAUGAGGAGGAGGAGGAGGAAGAGGAGGAGGAGGAGGAGGAAGAGGAAGAGGAGGUAGUAGAGGAGGAGGUGCCAGAAGGAAAUAACAAUAUCUGCAGGGUCUUGGAGGAGGAAAGGUCGGGAAGCCGUGCUUGCAAGGAAAAUGAGGAGGGAGGAGAGCCUGAGGAGGAAGAGGAGGAGGAAGAGGAGGAGGAGGAUGAUGAAGAGGAGAUGGACCAGGACAGUGAUGACUUCGAGCAGUCUGAGGAUAGCGGCAGGGAAGAGGAGUCGCCAGCACACAGAAACCCUGUUGAUAACAUGGACCGGUCUUCAGCACAGCAGCAGUCGCCAUUCUUCAAGGCAAAGAUGAAGAGAAAGAUGGACCAUGGCCCUGAGGUCCGGUCUUUCCCUUUAGGAAAGAAGCACUGCAAAGGCUCAGAUUUCACAAGCAGUACAGGGCUGGUUCCAUAUUCAGCCACACCCACCACCUUCGGUGACAUAAGGGCAGCAAACGGACAAGGGCAACAUCGGCGCCGGAUCACAUCCGUCCCUCCUCCUGCUGGACUUCAAGAAUGGCUCAGGACGUUUCAGAGCUGGAGUGGACCAGAGAAGCUGCUUGCAUUGGACGAGCUCAUAGACAGCUGCGAGCCAACACAAGUUAAACACAUGAUGCAAGUGAUCGAGCCGCAGUUCCAACGAGACUUCAUCUCCCUUUUACCGAAAGAGCUGGCACUGUAUGUGCUCUCAUUCCUGGAACCCAAGGACCUGCUGCAAGCGGCACAGACCUGCCGCUACUGGCGCAUCCUCGCCGAGGACAACCUGCUGUGGAGGGAGAAAUGCAGGGAGGACGGUAUAGAUGAGCCCCUGCACAUCAAGAAGAGGAAAUUGAACAAACCUGGCUUCACACACAGUCCCUGGAAAAGUGCUUACAUCAGGCAGCACAGAAUAGACACAAACUGGCGAAGAGGAGAACUUAAAUCACCCAAGGUGCUUAAAGGUCAUGACGAUCAUGUGAUCACAUGCCUUCAGUUCUGUGGUAACCGGAUUGUCAGCGGUUCAGACGACAACACACUUAAAGUCUGGUCAGCAGUCACAGGAAAGUGUUUAAGAACGUUAGUUGGACAUACGGGUGGUGUCUGGUCAUCCCAAAUGAGGGACAAUAUUAUCAUCAGUGGCUCAACAGACCGGACGCUGAAAGUAUGGAAUGCAGAGACCGGAGAAUGUAUCCACACGCUAUACGGGCAUACCUCUACUGUCCGCUGCAUGCAUCUUCAUGAGAAAAGGGUGGUGAGUGGGUCCCGGGACGCCACGCUCAGAGUUUGGGACAUCGAGACAGGCCAGUGUUUACACGUCCUGAUGGGCCACGUGGCAGCAGUGCGGUGCGUUCAGUACGAUGGCAGGAGAGUGGUGAGCGGAGCUUACGACUUCAUGGUGAAAGUGUGGGAUCCUGAGACCGAAACCUGCCUGCACACACUUCAGGGACACACCAACAGGGUCUACUCAUUACAGUUUGAUGGCAUCCAUGUAGUAAGUGGUUCUUUAGACACCUCAAUCCGUGUUUGGGAUGUGGAGACAGGAAACUGCAUUCACACAUUAACGGGACAUCAGUCAUUAACGAGCGGGAUGGAGCUCAAGGACAACAUUCUGGUCUCUGGCAACGCUGACUCCACCGUCAAAAUCUGGGACAUCAAAACAGGACAGUGUUUACAGACGCUGCAAGGCCCCCAUAAACACCAGAGCGCCGUGACUUGCCUACAGUUCAACAAGAACUUUGUAAUAACCAGCUCGGAUGACGGGACUGUGAAACUGUGGGACCUGAAAACAGGCGAGUUUAUCCGCAAUCUGGUGACGCUGGAGAGUGGGGGCAGCGGCGGGGUGGUGUGGCGGAUCCGGGCAUCCAACACCAAGCUGGUGUGCGCGGUGGGCAGCCGCAAUGGCACAGAGGAGACAAAGCUGCUUGUGCUGGACUUCGACGUGGAUAUGAAAUGAAGGACGAGGAAGCUAAACAAGGUCUUGAAGUGUGUCCGUGCGUUACAUAAAUACACUUCACCCCCUCCCCCCCCCCCACCACCCCCCCCCCCCCCCCACCCCCCCCUCACUCCUGGGCUGUUGGUGGAAGAGGAUGCUGGUGUGAGGCAACAUAACACAGCGGUGAAAACCUGUAAACUGCCAGGAAGGGGAGCAGAAGAGGGAGGAUGAUGAUGAUAACUGACAAACAGGCACACGUGCUGUCAUCACACAUGUGACUUCCCUUUUUGACUCGAGGGGGGCAGCUCAGCACAGAGAGACUUGUUUACUCAAGCCUGGUGCAACCGUUAGAUUUUAGUUUUUCAAGUAAACAGGCCAACAAUUAAUGGACUAUCCGCUGUAUACAUGAGUUAAAAGGAUAACAAGAAACAAAAGUUGUCAUGUAUGAAAUGUUGUAUAGUGUACAAAUAAACAAAAAAACAACAAAUUUAUCAGAAAGCAAGCAAGCCAAGAACUGGUCAACUUUUAAACCAGGGGGCAUCUGCCUCAGUUAUAUAUAUUUUGUUGUUGUUUUUCUGUCUUGUUUCCUGGUUUGAAAACUGAAAAAAAAAAAAAAAAAAAAAAAAAAUCUUACUGUGAAUUUUAGUUCUUGUACGUUUUGAUCAAUACAAUGAAUCCUUUUGCCUAAUGUUGCCAACAACAAUCACAGUAUUAACCUCUCUCUCUCUCUCUCUCUCUCUCUCUCUCUCUCUCUCUCUCUCUCUAUCCACUCUUACGCUUUUGUUUUUAAAUCUGAGUUUAGUGCUCCUCAAAGGCACGCUGUCUUGAGUUUUUCAAAGUGUCCGGCUGGGUUAGUUCCUCAACGCUGGUGCUAUGCUUGGGGGGAGGGGGUGUCUCUGUGAGCUUAUGGGAAUGACAUCCCAUCCCUGUACUGUAUUUCCAGUGGCCAAAUUUUAUUUAUGCUGCUAAAAAAAAUGAAAGAACAGAAAGGUGGAACUUACUGCUGCGACGUUUUACCCAGAUUUCCAAAUUUACUCUAGUUUGGACUUCUGAAAAAAGAGAAACAAAUGUAAACAAAAUGUUGCCACUGAAACUUGAGCCAAAUGUGCCUCUAAGAGGCAGAGUUGGAAAGUGUUGGACAGAUGAAGACAGAUUUGCCUGCGAGUAAGAAACAAAAAUGAGUCUGCAGAUAUUAUUCUGUGUGUGUGUUUCUGCAAAAUGUUGACACAUUCCUAAGGGGAAAUUGUUUGCUUUUGAGGGCUGUGGUGAA